UGUUUUGAAUUCAUAACACGAGAAUAGAUAGUUUUUUUUUCCAAAAAGAAAAAGUAUUCAAAUUCAUAACAAUUUUCAAGAAAAUGUUACAGUUUUAAGGUUAUUAAACUUUAAUUUUUUGAUAAAACAGAAAAAGUCCAGUUUAAAAACUCGAGACGUCCAAAUCAUUCUCGAAAAAAGAAUAAUCCAGUAAAAAGAACAUUUUCUAUGAAUAUGGUUCAAAAAUGCGGCAGUGGGGAAAUAGAUUUCAAAGAACGCCUGAUAUGGUCGGUGAAAAGAGAAGUAAAACAGCUUAUGGAAGAAGCGGUAACCAAAAAGUUCAUUCAUGAAGAGAGUAAUUCAGUGACAGCCCUUUGCGCUGCAGUAGAGGCUUGCCUCAGCCAAGGCCUUCGUCGACGAGCAUUGGGAUUAUUUAAGACAUCUUCAACAACAGCUCUAUUACAUAAAAUAGCAAAAAGCUGUCCUGAAGCUGAGAUUAUAAGCAAAAAAGUUCAAGAAUCAGAAAGUUCUGACAAAAGAUCAGCAAGUAUAAGCACGGAUAGCAUUCACAAAACUCCAUUGCUUAAAAAGGGAAACAGCUGUUCUGUUUCCGCUGCCAAUCCUCCAACUAGUAGUGCUCCAAUCGUCAAAUAUCUCUGGAUCCGCUUGGCCCUGUUCGAAAAGAAAUUAGCUAAAAUCAUUGAGUAUUUGGCAGCCAAUGCUUAUAGUUUUUAUGACAAAGAUGCGUUGGUUGCAGACCCUGAUUUGGGAUCAAUUUUGAGCUCUUUAUUGGUUGGUCCAUGUGCUUUGGAAUUUACUAGAGCAAAGACAGCGGAUCAUUAUUGGACAGAUCCACAUGCUGAUGAAUUAGUUCAGCGCCACAGAAUAAGCACUGGAACAAGGCAGCCUUCAGGUUGUCAAAGACCUAUUAUUAAUUUUAAGCGAAGUCUUCAUGCAAAUUCGGAAGACUCAACUUCAACAUCAUUUAAAUCUAGCGGAUCAGUAAGUGCGGCGAAAGAUUAUGUUGAGUCACUUCAUCAAAAUUCGAGGGCAACACUUUUGUAUGGAAAAAAUAACGUUAUGGUCCUUCCGAAGGAUGUUAAAGAACUUAUGCCUGGCUAUCUAAGUCUUCAUCAACAUAUACAAACAUUGAUCGUCAAAUGGACACCAAAUCAAUUAAUGAAUGGUCAUAAUGAAGUCGAAGUCAAUGAUAAAAGUUCUUACUGGGAUUAUGCUUUGAAUAUUAAUGUAAACGAAAUUGUUUACGUGCAUUGCCAUCAGAAUCGUGGCGAGGAUGCAGGAGGAACUAUAAUUCUUGUGGGUCAAGAUGGAGUACAACGUCCUCCAAUUCAUUUUCCUGAAGGAGGUCAUAUGCAGGCUUUUCUGAGUUGUCUGGAAACUGGUCUAUUGCCCCACGGGCAACUGGAUCCACCAUUAUGGUCUCAUCGAGGAAUAGGCAAACUUUUAGCUUGGCCAAAACUCGGUCGUAGACGUAUUAUUUCUUCUCUUAUGGAUUCCUCUGAAGAAAAUCCAAUUGAUUAUGUCUUCAGGAUUGUAAGCAAAAGUAAUCAUGAGGAUUUUUUGGCUGUACAUCCGAUACUUGAAUUGGGACGAACAAGUCCCCGUCGAGCACAAUUAAGCAGUUGUUCUACAAAUGGAAGCAGUGAUUAUUCAAGUAAGAGUAUUUCUAUCGAUCAGGUAUCGAUAGAUUCGCCUCUAAUUCAAGGCAAUCAGACUGCCAGCAUUGAAUUGGUAUGCUCUACAAUGAGACGUCAGAUUAUAUCACGUGCAUUUUAUGGAUGGCUGGCUUAUUGCAGACACUUAUCAACCGUGCGAACUCAUCUUUCAGGAUUGGUCAAUGGACGGAUUACACCAGAACUGGGGUCUGAUGAAAAGGGUUUGACUAAAGAACGUUGGGAUUCCUUGAGCAUUGAUGGUGUGGUGACCAAUGAAACAGAAGUCUUUCGCUUGGUCUACUUUGGAGGUGUUACACCAGACCUGCGCAAAGAUGUGUGGCCGUAUCUUUUGGGACAUUAUAGUUUUGGCUCAACACCCGAAGAACGUGAAAAACUUGACGAAAAAUGCAAACACUAUUAUGAGACAACAAUGAGCGAAUGGCUUGCUGUUGAAGCUAUAGUCCGCCAAAGAGACAUGGAGAAAACUGCCAAGGCAGUUGCUAAACUAAGCUCAAGUAGUGGAAGCGCUGAAAAGAAUCGUGUUGACCUGGACGAAGAUAUUGAUAAUGAAGUAUUCCUGGAACAAGAUAUCUCCUAUACAUCAGAUCCAUAUCAGAUUGAUUCAAAUAGAUUAGCUUGCCCAGCAGCAAGAAACAUGAAACACAGCACAGAUUCGGGAAAUGUCGAGGAUGUUGAGACUCAUGAUGGAACAAUAUCUAAUGAAAAUUUAAAAAUAUUACCAACUGCAAUCAACUCAAAUGCAAUCAACAAAAUUGUGUCAAUUGAAGAAGAUAACUUAGGUGGAAGCACUGUUGAUGGCGGAAGGCCAUCAGGUAAGGUGUUGAAAAGUGAUCCAUGCUCACCAUCUACAUCAUCAUAUGAAACUGUUGGAAACGAGUUUGCUGCUGACGGCACUGAAAACGAUGUUCAAAAUAUUUUAGCACAAGGAGCUGACUUUGUUGCAUCGGAAAUUCCAGAAUUCCAUAGUAUAGAUGAUAUUAAGGGGGAAUUUGCGGAAGUUUUCGAUGAAGACAGCAUAUCAGAACCGAAAACUUUGAGACCUCCAGCUGCUGUUAUUGUAACAGAUGCUUCAAUUGAUCUUUUUAACAUCGAAGCAGAUCACAUACACUUUGAAGAAGAAAUAAAUACAGAGAUGUUGCCUUCAUUACAGGAAGAUAUUGCUGCAACAUCAAUGGAUGUUUUGCAGGAACCGAAGUCAACUUGUGUGUCUCCAGCAAGUUCAAAUGGAGGAGUGUAUAGUUGUGAAUUGUUGGAGAAUUUUGGAUUGAACUUGCACAGAAUAGAGAAAGAUGUACAAAGAUGUGAUCGAAAUUACUGGUACUUUGCCAAUGAGAACUUGGACAAACUGCGGAAUGUGAUUUCAACAUAUGUUUGGGAGCAUUUGGAAGUUGGCUACAUGCAAGGAAUGUGUGAUUUAGUAGCACCACUUUUAGUUAUAUUCGAUGAUGAAUCCAUGAGUUACAGCUGUUUUUGUAAAUUAAUGGAGAGAAUGAUUGAAAACUUUCCCAAUGGUGGUGCAAUGGAUAUGCACUUUGCUAAUAUGAGAUCACUUAUUCAAAUUCUUGAUUCAGAAAUGUAUGAUCUUAUGGAUUCUCAUGGCGAUUAUACUCACUUCUACUUCUGUUAUCGUUGGUUCCUGUUAGAUUUUAAACGAGAACUCAUAUACGCAGAUGUAUUUUCUACGUGGGAAGUAAUUUGGGCAGCAAAACAUGUUGCAAGCACCCAUUUUGUAUUGUUCUUGGCAUUAGCUUUGCUAGAAACUUACCGCGAUAUAAUUCUUUCCAAUAGCAUGGAUUUCACGGAUGUUAUAAAAUUUUUUAAUGAAAUGGCAGAGCGUCACAAUGCGCAAUCUGUACUUCAACUAGCAAGAAGUCUAGCACUGCAAUUGCAAAUGAUUAUUGAAAAUAAAUAAAUUUUUGAUUUUAAGCUAUUAUUUUAAUAUUACUCCACACUAAGGACAACAAAAGAUAGUUUAUAAUCGAAUUUAAGUGAAAACUAGCCUUUAUUUUUUUUAAUGGUCACCUCCUUAAUGUGUAAAACAUUUUUUCUUCCAGCAUGCAUCAAAAGAGUUCUUAACAAUUCAAAUCAUGGAUACAUUUAAUUAAAAGCAAAACCACUCUGAAUGUUAUUUUUAUACAAUUUUAAGUGUACUAAAUUAUCGUGUUUAAUGUAUCCAUCCUAUCACUUUUUUUUAAUAAAAGAUAAAAAUAAAAUUUGUUAGGUAUAAAUUUAUCUCAAUUUGGGCUAAAAAAUUCUCACUGUGUCCAUACAAUUUCCAAGCCGUUUUAAAGUUACCUUGUCAAAAGAACCAUCCUUCAAAGUCAAGUUCAAUAGGAAGUGUAUUGAUUAACCCUAAGUUUAAAAGAAAAACACGCUUUAUCAGAACUAAGGUUUGAAUUUAUACGAUUGGAUCUAUGAAAAAUCUUACCAGAGGUAUCUAACAGACUAAAUAUAAAAACAAUGGAGGUGAAAAUACACUCUGCAGUAUCCGCAACUACAGCUAUAGGUCGCUUGAAGUCGCAUGUGUUAGCCGAUUUGUAAUGCAAGAAUGCAGAAUUUUUGUUUGUUGUCUCGAAGUUAUGGAUAAGCGUUUAAGUAUAGCAGAAAUCUCAAUUUAGUAGCAAAUCCUAUUAGACAAAAAGAGGUCAAGAAUUUAGAGGCCUGUAGAAUUAAAUUCAUCCGGAAGAUCAAUUAUAUAUGUAAAUCUAAUUUACGGCACUUAACUAACCUUGGUCAACAUAAAAGUUUUGGGGUGUUGUUCUUUGAAAUAAAUGAGUUCCUAUUCAUUAUAAUUUAUUAAUAAAUUUUGUUUUUUACAUGAUUCAUUUUCAAAAAUGCCCAAAUGUUGAAACAUAUGACAUUAUUUGGGCUAAAUGUCAAUUUGUAAAACGAUUUAAAAAUUGAUUUGGGAAAUAUGGCAUUGAUUUUGUGCUUUAUCGCAAUUUUCUUCUGAAAUUUUUUUUCGGCGAUAUGAAGUGUUCAAUAUCUUAUUUAUAAUAUAAUUAUAACGCCCAAAGGUUCGGUAAUAUUGCUGAAAUCGUACAACACCAAUAUGUUGUUUAUUAGUUUGCACGAUAUGGUUUUUAGAAAAAAUUAUGUGUUUGCAGGUAUAAAAUAGAAGGCGUCUAGCUUUAACCUAUCAACGCCUCAGGGACUAACUUAACUUCAUGUCCAAAAAAGUUAUGUAUUUGGUUUUAAUCAGAAUUUCUGUCUUAUUUUGUUGUAUCACCAUCCAUCAACUGCUUAAAAAUGGAUCGCGAUAUUUCAUUAAGUUAAAAAAAUCAAAAAUUUAGUGUAGAAUUUUCAUAUAUGUAAAUAUUAAUGUGUUACUUGUUGCAAUCAAGUUGUGAUCUCAUUGGUGGGUAUUCAUUAAAAUCACCUUUCGCUAAUUUAUAUGUUCCUAAAAUAGAUUCAAUUAUUUUCACCUUCAAAUAAUUUAGUGUAUGUUGGACUUCAUUAACACUAUAUUUUUUUACAAGUGUUGAAAAUAUUGAUUAAAAAUCAUUUAAUUUAUUAAUUUGUACAUACACAACUUUUAUUACUUUUACAUACAAACGGGCUUACAAGAAUAUUUAUACUUAAAUAACAUACCUACACUUUGAAAUAUCAUUAUAUGUAAAUCAAAUACAAUUUGUAUGAAACUGACGACACAUCCCUUAUAAAUAUUACGUAACUUGUUGAAGACUGUAUUUCAAUAGCAAACCUAGAAUUUAAUGGAAAUCUUUUGUGGCCAAUAUUUGUACCUAUUUACUACAAACAUAUUAUAUUUAAUCUAUUAUGUAUUAUUAUAUUUGUUUUACACGUAUAGUUUUUACAUUUGUUGAAAUUAUAAAAAUAAUUAUAAAAUUGCAUUUACAUAUUAUCUACACUUUCUUUGGAUUAUCUGAAGAAGGAAUGAAUAUAUUAUAUUGUAUAGACUAUUAUACCUGUUUAAAAAAAGAAAGGAAAUAAAUCAAUAUAUUUUAAACUAAAUAGAAACAAAU